GGGCGGCGCGCGGUCGCGGUGCCCCCCCGGUGCCGCUGUCCCGGCCCGGCCCGCGCCCCGCCGCCGGCGCAUGGAGCUGAGCUGCGCCAUGGCGGGCAGCGCCGCCGCCCCGCCGGGGCCCGGGCCCCCCGCCGCCGCCGGGGCCGCGCUGAGGGACGGCGAGGACUACGAGAGCCUGCCCAGCGGCGUCGCGCUCGGCACGCACAUGGUGGCCGGGGCCGUGGCGGGGAUCAUGGAGCACACCAUCAUGUACCCCGUGGACUCGGUCAAGACACGGAUGCAGAGCCUGCAGCCAGACCCCAAAGCCCAGUACAGGGGCGUGUACGAAGCUCUCAAGAAGAUGGUGCUGACCGAGGGCUUUUGGAGGCCUUUACGUGGGAUUGAUGUCACCAUGCUGGGGGCUGGUCCUGCCCACGCCUUGUACUUCGCCUGCUACGAGAAAAUGAAAAAGUCUCUCAGUGAUGUUUUCCAGCCAGGAGGAAACAGCCACUUGGCCAAUGGCAUCGCUGGGAGUGUGGCCACGCUGCUCCACGACGCCGUGAUGAAUCCUGCUGAAGUGGUGAAGCAGCGGCUGCAGAUGUUCAACUCGCCGUACACGUCGGUGCUGGGCUGCGUGCGGGCGGUGCACAGGACUGAGGGCUUUGGAGCCUUCUACCGCAGCUACACCACGCAGCUGACCAUGAACGUGCCCUUCCAGGCCAUCCACUUCAUCACCUACGAGCUCAUGCAGGAGCACCUGAACCCCCAGCGCCAGUACCACCCCCAGUCCCACAUCGUGGCCGGCGCCGUGGCCGGAGCCGUGGCCGCCGCCGCCACCACGCCCCUGGACGUGUGCAAGACGCUGCUCAACACGCAGGAGAACACGGCCCUGAGCUCCCUCAAGAUCAGGGGGCACCUGUCGGGCAUGGCCAACGCCUUCAGCACCGUUUACCAGCUGGGAGGGGUUCCCGGCUUCUUCAAGGGCGUCCAGGCUCGGGUCAUUUACCAGAUGCCCUCCACGGCCAUCGCCUGGUCCGUGUAUGAGUUCUUCAAGUACGUCCUCACCAAGCGCGCGCUGGAGAAGAAGCCGGCCUCGUGAGAAGGGAGCGCCAGUGUCCCUGGGCCUCCUCCCAGGCAGCCCCGCUGGAAUUCUGCUGCAUUCGCAUCUCCACAUCCCCCCGGUGCUCGGUCACUGCGUGCCCCAGGGAUUCUGGGGAUUCCGGGUCACUGAGUCCCUGUCACCGAGUGUCCCCAGGGAUUCCUGGUCACUGCG